UUAAAAACGGAGGCGCGUCUGUCGCUAUUGAUUUUCAAAUUGCGUGAUCGAGAGCGCACAGCGCAGUAUGGCGCAUUGUGGCGCAUCUCGUUUGAAGUGAGGUUACAUUCAGAACAGAAUGGCCAACCUGUGAAUUGCGUAAAAAGUGCAGCCAACUUUAGGAUUCAGAUGCGAAGUAUAUUUCAGUAUAUUUCGAGCGCACGUUAUUUGUUUAUCUCGUCAAAGUACAGUUUUAUAGCGUUCAUCGAGUUUUUGCGCUAAAGAAAUGCAUUUUGUUUAGUUCAACGCGGCCAGCUUCCGGCUGUCGAAGCACGUGUUUCGUUGUAGCCGUGAGGUAUUCGAAUGAGGCCGGUAAGAUGAGACUGAGGAUUCGCUUGCUUAACAUUUGCAUUCGGCAUAAAUGCACGGACGCGCAGAACGGCAUUCGGACUUUCAAGAAGACUCAGUGGAGGAGGGUGCGUUUGAAGAACGGCCGAGAUGUGGAACCUAACCAAGUGAGCCUAACCUCUAAGAGUGCCAAACCCGCCACGAGCUCUAUUUACAAUUCGCCUGUGAUACCUAUUAAUUUUGAGGCGGGCUUUCACAAGUUACUCACUAGGUCGGAAGGAGGAACACCGAGCGAGUCGAACGCUAAUAUACAGAUGUCGAAGAAGUCGACGCCAGAACAAGAUGUAAAUUCGGGUGAGGAUAUAAAAAUUCACGAUAUGGAUAAGCAAAUGGCUGAAUCGAGUCAGCAAUCAAGUGGAAGUGACACUCAAGAAUCAAGAAAAUUGAAAAAUAAUACAAAUGUUGAUUCGGAGAUGAAUCCAAGAAGAGAUAAUAUUAGAGUUAACGAAAUAAAUAUGCAAAUGUUGCCCAAAACAUUGCACCAUCAAUUGUUCAGAAAGGAUGAUAAAGAGGACUGUCUCUCUGAAGAGGAAAUAGAUAGCAUAAAGAAAAAUUUAGUCAAGUAUAGUAUAAACGUAGACGAUGCAACCAAAUUACCAGAGGUGAAUUUGAAGCUACCAGCUUUGGAAGGAGAAGAUAUAGAGGAGCAUUUUUAUAACAUUGGAAGAGCACAGACUAAGCCGUAUUUGCAGAUUAUAAAUGACAUUAUGAGGGACGUUCCCAAGAUACCAAAGCAAUGGCUUUUCAAAGAAGGAUGGACCAGAUAUGCAGUGGAUGGUACAAUAGAAAGCGUAGAUUAUCCACUGGAGGAUGGUGUAAUUUUUGACGUAGAAGUUUGCAUGAAACAGGGUCCCUUGCCUACCCUAGCCACUGCAGUCAGUAGUAAGGCCUGGUACAGCUGGGUCUCAAGUUCUUUGACACAAGGUAUCAAUCAGACGUUUGACACACAGUUAUUCACGCCGAAUAUGCUCGUUCCUAUGGAGAGUGGUAAGGAGGAACAUGGAUAUAGAUUGAAUCAGCACCAGAAAAAACCAAAGAUUAUUGUAGGUCACAAUGUGUCAUAUGACAGAAGUAGAAUCAAGGAGCAAUAUUGGUUGAAUUGCACAGGAACACGUUUUCUCGACACUAUGUCAUUACACGUGUGCGUCAGUGGUCUUAAUAGCUACCAAAGGUCGCUGUUGUUAUCCAAAAAAGCGAAUGCGGAGAAAGAAAUUUGGUUGCCCAACACUUCGUUAAACAGCUUGGUGGAAGUGCACAAGCUAUACUGUGGCUAUGAGAUAAGUAAGGAAGGGAGAGAUCUAUUUGUCAAAGGUACUAUCGAAGAUAUUAGAGAUAAUUUUGAUAUGUUGAUGUCUUACUGCGCCUCUGAUACGAUUGCCACUCACAAUAUAUUACGCAAUCUAUUCCCGCUCUUUCAAGAGAGAUUCCCUCAUCCAGUUACUUUGGCAGGAAUGUUGGAACUUGGCUCGGCGUAUUUGCCGGUGAAUUCUAAUUGGCAGAGAUACUUGGAGGAAUCAGAGUCGACCUUUGACGACUUGAACUACGAAGCAAAAUUUACUCUUGCCAAGAGAGCAGACGCCGUUUGCCAUCUUAUGCACGACGAGAAAUACAAGGAGGACUUGUGGAUGUGGGACCAAGAUUGGAGCAGGCAGGAAAUUAAAAUGAAAAGCAAAAUGUCGAAGGUAAAGCCUGUUGGCGUAGAGACAAAUGUAGCGGAAACAGUGAAAGAGUCAGAUACUAAAAAGUAUUUGUCAGAUGCUGAAGAGGAAGAAGAGGAUCAUCUGGCAAAGGAAUUUGCGUAUUUGGACCAAACCAGACAUUUAUUACCAGCUAGAAUGCCGCAUAUGCCGGGCUACCCAGCAUGGUACAGGAAACUCUGUCCUAAGCAGAGCGACGAGGACUGGACGGCAGGUCCGCAGAAUAUCAGCACUUCCAUGCAAGUGGUUCCCAAGCUACUGAAUCUAACAUGGGAGAAAUAUCCAUUGCAUUAUAUAAAAGAUCACGGUUGGGGGAUUUUAGUGCCUUACAAUGACGAUCUCGACAUAGAGACUAAAGUGCCGUUGAAGAAUCUUUUAGCGCAAUGUCCUUUGCCAGCGUCCAGCCAGUCCAGAGACAUCUCCGAUGACGCAAUGGCCACCUUAAGCACCGACGUACAGAACGAUCUUCAUAAGAUAGAAUUCUGGCGAUUUAAGAAGAAGCAGAACGAGUCAUACAAUGAAAUGUACAAGGGCACUGGCGUAUGGUGCAACGUCGACAUUGACAAUUGCUGCUACUUUUUCAAGCUGCCACACAAGGAUGGUGCCAACUACAACGUCGGCAAUCCUCUCGCUAAGGACUUCCUCAACAAGUUCUCCGAGAAUGUACUUGCCGGCUUGGACAUCAGCGCCGCGGAGGUGCUGAAGAUCGCCCGCAUGUUGUCUUACUGGCGGAACAAUCGCGAUCGAAUCAUGUCGCAGUUGGUGAUAUGGUUGGAUAACCACUCUCUGCCCGGCAUCGUCAAAAGAACGAAGCGACACACGCGUUACGGCGCGAUAAUACCUCAAGUAGUUGUUUCCGGUACUUUAACGCGUCGCGCAGUGGAACCUACAUGGAUGACAGCGUCAAACGCGCACGUCGAACGAAUCGGCUCAGAGCUCAGGUGCAUGAUACAAGCACCACCGGGAUACAACAUCGUCGGUGCCGACGUGGAUAGCCAGGAAUUGUGGAUCGCUUCAGUCAUCGGAGACGCGCAUUACAAGCGUAUCCACGGAGCCACGCCUUUCGGCUGGAUGACUCUCAUCGGCACCAAAUCCAACGGUACCGAUAUGCAUAGCGUCACUGCCAAGGCCAUCGGCAUCUCCCGCGACCACGCCAAGGUCAUUAACUAUGCUCGAAUCUACGGUGCUGGCCAAAAGUUCGCUGAACGACUGCUAAAGCAGUUCAACCCAUCCAUGACGGACGCCGAGGCCAUUUCUAAAUCACGCAAGAUGUUCGCUCUUACCAAGGGUAAAAAGAUAUAUCGAUUGAAAACUGAAUUUAUCAAUGAUGACUUGCAGAAUAUUUCCUACACAUCCUCUCAGGCAUAUCACAUAGCGAAGUUGCAUGGCAAAGGAUUACAAGACAUUUUCCAGAAGAGCGAGUGGAUAGACGGAUCAGAAUCAGCUAUGUUUAAUCGAUUAGAACAGAUCGCCGGAAGUGAACAUCCGAUUACUCCGUUCCUCAACGCUAGAUUGAGCCGUGCUCUGGAGAUCACUAAUACCGAUGAUGACGAUAAGUUCUUACCUACCAAAAUUAAUUGGGUGGUACAGAGUGGCGCAGUAGAUUUCCUUCACUUGAUGCUGGUCUCCAUGAGAUGGCUGAUGAAAGAUAAUGCCAGAUUCUGCCUAUCGUUUCACGAUGAAGUAAGAUAUCUGGUUCCGUCCAGAUACAAGUACAACGCUGCGCUGGCCAUGCACGUAACCAAUCUGAUGACAAGAGCGUUUUGUGCUUCUAGACUAGGCAUGAGAGAUCUGCCGAUGUCGGUGGCAUUCUUCGCCGCCGUUGAAGUCGAUACCGUCCUUCGCAAAGAGUCCAUUCAUGAUUGUAAAACCCCAUCGAAUCCUCACGGCUUGCAGAACGGAUAUGAAAUACCGCCCGGCGAGAGUUUAGACGUAUGGGCCGCUUUGGAAAAAUCCGGCGGCUCGCUAGGUUCUUGGCACAACGCGAAAAGUCGUAAAGUUAAAACAAACGCGGAUUCCACCGUUGAAAAGUCAUCGCGGCCUGUCAAUAAAUUAAAUAAACGGAAUUUAUAAAAUCAAUUUUGUAUUACGAUUUUCGGAAACGCAACAUUUGGUUUCGCCAUAUUCAAGUAAAGAAGAAUCAA